UCCGGAGCUCCGUAAUCAUCUCUGCUAGGGGCCAGGAAGAUCAAUCCAAACUCAGCGGUUCAUCGAUAUCCUCUGCACAAGGGGAAGAUACGAGUCGCAAAGCUCAAGAUGUCUUUUUCCUUCAGCGGUUAAUGCUCAAUACUCAUGUCAAGACUGCACAGAAGACAAAUGUCACAAAUAAAAAUAAAAGUUGAGAGCUUGUUUCGUCGAGUGCAUAAAAUGUCAGUGCAUCACUUAUUUUUGGCCUUCUAUUUCUAAUGAAGGAAGGAAAUCUCAAGAAUAAUUUUGUAUAUCCCCUUAGCCAAAUACCAUUGCGAUAUCAUGUAACAGAUGAAGUAUUAGUUUAGUACUCAAAAGCUUUUAGAAAGUAACACGAACACUGAAAAAGAGAGGUAGACAGAUCCUAUUCAGUGGUUACGGCCAACAAAGAGUCCUUGCCAUAUAAAGGAACCUUGGUUGUCUUUGAAGUAGUUCAGCUGUGAUUUUCGAACGAAGGACCCAGUCGUCACUACCGAAACUUGUCGUGAACAUCAUGACGAUGCUGUAUCUGUUUCUGUCGCUCUUCGCCUCCCAGCUCCUCCUGGUGACUUCAUGUGCCAUCGAAAAAGAACAAGUAAAGAUCAGAGGAGAACCUCCGUCCUUGGAAGCGAAAAAGACGAUAUCAGAGUCUCCUGAUCCAAAGACAUUAGAGGCACCGUGGGCAUACAAUUCUGCAGCCGAGAAGACUGAACAUGAAAAUGAUACGUGCCAAAAGGUUCGCUUGUACGUAUACUUCAAAAUACUUGACCUGUCUGAGGACAUCAUCGCACCUCCGGGCUUCUAUAUCAAUCAGUGCAAAGGCAAAUGUUCCUCAACACAGCGAAGAAAGUUUCCCAAUCGCUCGGCUCUCAUGGCCUUGCUAGAGAAAAAGACAGGCCUUGAAAUUGAUGACGAGGCAUGCUGUGUCCCAACCAAACUGGAGCCGAUAACAGUUCUCCUUUUUGAUAAAAAUAACUAGGUCGUCCAAAAGAAGUUUGAUGACAUGGUCGUUAAAGAAUGCGGAUGCAAGUAGAAGACUCCGCAUUUGAUCCAUUUGUGGCAGAAGUAAAAUCCUAAGAUGGACACAUAAGUUUAAAUGAUAGACACUAUUGUAAUGUGAAUUCUCGUGCGAACUUCAGGAAAAGAACUCACCCUAAGAGUUUUUUUGUAGUUUUGAAGUUAAUCUUAAAGAAAUAGCUUGCAGUGUUCAGAGUUAAAAGUAUUUUAACGAAAAUUUAAACGGUUUUCCAAGUCUUUUUCUUGGAUAAGGGUCGAAGCGAACGCAAAGCGUUGCCAUUAUUGCUGUAGUAUCAGAAUAUUUCACAUUGUAGUAAAGCGUUUUAAUAGAAUAAAAGAGGGGUUUACCACGGUUUAUUUUUCAUGAUAAAAUUUAACACAAGAAACGCGUUUCAGGUGGUUAGAAAUACAAUAAAAAGAAAUUUUCGAUAGGGCGAGGGGACCUCCAAAAAUCCACCAGGCUUAUGGAGGAAGCCACCUCAAUCGUUGAGUUAUGAUGGCUGGGCUGUGGACUCAUUAAUUUUUUUC